AUGCCCUCAACAAUAAAUGGAGAUUUGUCUAAUACUAAAAAAAUUGCUCCAGCUUCAUUUAAUUUAGUUGGAGAAAUAACAACAAUAUCAUCAACAUUACCGUCAACAUUAUCAACUUCACCUCGUGAUCGUUGUCGUCGUUGUCAACAACUUGUCUAUGUAACUGAACGUAUUGGUCCAGUUAAAGAUUCUCUUUAUCAUAAAUUAUGUUUUAAAUGUUUAAAAUGUGAUCGUCAAUUAGAUUUUAAAACAUAUUUUACGAAUUCAAUUGAUUUAAAUGAUAAAGAAAUUUAUUGUCAAAGUCAUGUACCACGAUCGGGUAAAGGCAUUUUUUCAACAGAUAAUAUUCAUAUACAAAAUGUUAUGAAAGCACCAAAAUUAAAUGUUAUGCAAAAAUUAGAUGAUCGUCUUAAAGGUACACAUCUUGAUUCUCAAUCUGUUUCAAUAGCACAUGCUAUGAAAGCACAACAAAUGUUUGAACAAGGUCGAGAAAAAAUUUCAUCGAAUCAUAAUUUUCCAGCAUUACCACCAGAUAUUUUACAUGCUCGUGAAGAAGUACGUCGUGCACAAAAAUCAUUAGAAGAAAAACAACGAGAAGAAGAAGAUCAAUUAUUUAUUAAAUUUCGUGUUGAUCGUGAAUUAGAAGAGAAAAAAAUUGAACGUGAAGUUAUUGAUGAAUGGGAAAAGAAAUUAAAAGUGCUUACAGCUAAAUAUGAAGAUGAUUUACGAAGAAAAAGAGAUAAAAAAGCAGAACGAGAAUUAACACUUCGUUUUACAAAAGAAAAAGCUGAAUUAGAACAAAAUAUGACAUUAAAACGAGAUAAAAAACGUGAAAUUGUUCGAAAACAAUUAAUGGAAAAAGAACAAGAAAGUACACAUUCACUUGUUUCAAAAUUUAGUAAAGAAAUGAUUAAUUUAAUACAAGCCAAAGAACGUGAAGUACUUGUGGAAAAAGGUGUUGAUGAUCAAGUAGCUGCAUCUUAUUCAAUGCUUCAACUAAGUCAACCUCCUCCACCUCAACCACCUCGUCAUCAUAAACGUGAUUUAUAUGAAGAUCCAUCUGUAUUUGAAAAUGUUGAUCAACAAGCUAUAACUGUUGCAGAAAGUGAACAAACAUCUUAUACAGAAUUAAUCGAUCAAUUAACAUAUGGUUUAUUAACAGAUUUAGAAAAAGCAAGAGCUAUUUUUCGAUGGAUAACUGUUAAAGAUUUAAAUGCUAUUGAUUUUCAAAAUAAUCUUGCUACUGAUACACCAAUGGGUUUAUUACGAGGUAUCAAAUAUGGUACUGAAACUUAUCAUACAUUAUUUAUGCGUCUAUGCAGUUUUGCUGCAUUACAUUGUGUUGAUGUAAAAGGUCAUUCAAAAAGUGUCGGUUAUGAACCAGGUAUGCAUAUUGCUGAAGGAAAAUUUACCAAUACAUGGAAUGCAGUUUUAAUUGAUGGUGAAUGGAGAUUUGUUCAAUGUAAUUGGGGUGCAAGACAUUUAGUAAUGAGUAAAGAUAAAAAACAAGUAGAUACAUCACCACCGAUACCUACGCGAGAAAAAAUUAAAUAUCAGUAUGAUGAACAUUAUUUUCUUCCUGAUCCAGAAGAUUUUAUUCUUGAAUUUUUUCCAUAUAAAUCUGAAUGGCAAUUACUUGAAUCUCCAAUAACAUUACUUGAAUUUGAACAAUUACCAUUUGUUCGAUCACUUUUUUUUCAUUAUCAUUUAUCAUUUGUUAAUCAACAACAUGCUGUUAUUCAAACAGAUAAUCGUGGUGCAUGUGAUAUUAAAUUACGUAUGCCAGAUUCAUUAAAACAUCGUUUAGCAUUUCAUUUUCAUUUACGUUUUUCAAAUACAACUGGACAAAUUGAUGAUUCAACGGAUUUUCAAGGUGUUAAACUUGAACGUUAUGUACUUCAUACAGUUCAAGAUGAUUUAGUUUCAUUUAAUAUUCAUGUACCACAAGAAGGAGAUUAUUUUAUUGAAAUUUUUGCAUCACUUGUGGAACCUGAUCCAAAUCCAUUUGGACAAAGUUUUAAAUUAAAAUGUGUUUGUAAAUAUCGAAUUAUAUGUCAACAAUUAAUGCAAAGAAUGCAUCCACUUCCAGCAUGUGCAUCAGGUGAAUGGGGACCAACAAAAGCAAUUCGUCAUUUUAAUAUUCAUCCUCUAACACAUUUUCAAUCAAUAUUUGAAACAAAUCAUUUAUCAAUUGUAAUUAAAUUUCAAUGUCCUAAAAUCCUUAAAUUUCAUGGAAAACUUAAUUCAAAUCAAUAUUCAUCUGCUCAUAAUAAUAAUAAUAACAGUAACACAAUGUCUAAUACAGCUAUAUCAAAUAUUCUAGAUAAAUAUGUUAAAUAUGAAUAUAAUGAACAUGAUUUAAUAAUCACAUUUAUUAUUCAAUUACCAAAAGAAGGUCAAUAUGGUUUAGAUAUAUAUGCACGUGAUCCAGAAUAUCAAACAGAAAAACGAACUAUGUCACAUUGUUGUAAAUAUAUUAUUAAUUAUUCUAAAACAUCAAUACUUCCACCACCAUCUACUGUUGAAACAAAUAAUAAUAAUAAUUUAUAUCAUGAUUAUUCAUUUGAUAAUUCAAAAUCAAAUGGACAACAAAGACCACGCAUGAAUUCAUCAAAUAAUAAUAAUAAUAAUAAACUUGAACGAAGUCUUUCACCUCGUUCAAUAUCAUCUAAUGGUUCAUCUUCAUUACCCAUACCAAAAAUAGGUGGUAAUACAAAUUUACUUUCUCAACUUGGUAUGCAUCCAAUAAGUCAUCCUGAUCCAUCAAUAACACUUCGUUCAACAAAUUAUAUUGAAUUACAAUUUCAAAUACGUAAAAUGGUUGAUUUUUCAUUUGAUCUUAUAUAUCAUCAUACACUUACUGAUCUUUCUUCUCGAACACCAUCAGUCAACUUAAAUCAACGUUUAACUGCAGCAGAUUAUGUAACAAUAAAACCGAAUGGAUUUAAUGUUAUAUUUAUAUUAAAUUUACCAAAACAAGGUGUUUAUACAUUUACAAUCUAUGCAGCUACAACAAAUGCUCGAAAUGAUAUACAAAUAGGAACUAAUGAACAGACUGAAUUACCAGCUGUUUUUACUUAUUUAAUUCGCUAUGUUUAG